GUCGAGGCUAAAUAAUCAUGGCCUUGUACGACAACAAACAUUGGCUUCUUUCAUACAUACGUGACAGUUUUAUAUCUACAGAUGACACUGGUGUCUGUGAGUUAGUGAUGCUGAGAGAGGAUAUACCAAAGCAAUUGAAAGCCAAUGGUGCUCACUGUUAUCUAGGAUUAGAUGAGAGCGAUGAUGAAGAUCUUGGUGCUCUGUCCGAGUCGUACGAUAUACAAAUCGAUAUGAGUUUUGGUCAUCGCCCGAGAUCAAAUACCGCUCAAAGACUCGAAAAAAUGGAGCUAGAACGAAAAAAAUCUGCUAAAGUUAAACACAUUAAGUGGGAAUCCAAAUCCGUGCGUUUAACUAAAGAAGAAAUUGCUGAUUUGUUUCAGCAAAAGGAUUUUCGUAAAAAAGAUAUCAGUGUGAAAAGACACUCAUUGUUAUCUGAACAAUUAGAAAAAUGUCCUUAUGCUCCUGUUAAUCGUUUUAUAGAAUACGCUAAGUUUGAUGGCAGUGGUUUAAUUGGAGUACCAGUGCGUAAAUACCGUAUAUUUAUGUGUAUGCUACCAAAAGAAGAACGUGUUUAUCCAAUGCAAGUUACUGUGAUUUGUUCUGCGACAGUUGAAGAAUUUAUCGGUUUAAUUUGUUAUAAGUACGCUACUGAGAAUCCUAAUCAUAGUUUAAAAAAAGAAAUAAAUAAAUAUGGCUUGUAUAUAGCUGAAGAUGAUGGUGAAGUCGACUGGGAUUUUCCUUGUCUUGAUCCAAGAGAAAAAAUAGGCAAAUUUGAAUUUUCUGCUCUGGGUUUAGUAGAAAUGCGUCUGAGUGAUCGACUCCGUCAUGAGCCAACUGGGCCCGUUCUUCCUGUUAAGCCUGAAGAAAUUAGAGAGGCAACUGAAAAGGAACAGGAAAUUUUCGCUCAGGAUUUAGCGAGGAUGAGAGGCCAUACGACAGCUAUCGAGGCUCCAAUGUAUCAAUUAUUUAGAGUUUACGUUAUUCAUAAAAUGAGAACAAAGACUGAAAUUCAUCUUGGUGUAUCUGGUGAUAAAAUAGAAAUAGAUCCUUUGGUAACGAGUAAAAGCGCUUACAAAUUUUGGAAUCGUCAAAAUCGUGUCAGUUAUCAAAUGGAAAAUGUUGCGUGGUGUGAAAUUAUUGAAAAUAGAGGAUCUAAGACAUCAUUUACACUAGUAUAUACUAAUCCGUCUACUUCUGAUAAUAUAAGUGUUUCUUCCUUAAAUUCAUCGUCUUUACAACAAUCGGCGUCAUUUAAAACACAUGAUUUCGAAGCUGAGUCAGCGGUAGCCGAAGAAAUAGUUAAAAAAAUAAAUCAUAUAUUAGAAUUACGAUCUAGUAAUGCGCGUAAAGAAUUUAUAGCACACAGAGAACGUAAAUCAAUGAGACGAAAAAGUUUUCAUCUUCAUAGGUGACCUAAGUAUUGGCUAUAUGUAUUUUUAAAUAAUUCCAAAGAUCAUAAAAUUACGUAAAUUUUAAAGAUACUAGUGUUUCCGAAUCAAAUUAGGCCAAGUUAAAUUUUCUAAUUACUUAUUAUAAAACAAUAAUAUUAUUAAUAAUUAAAAUAAUAAUUAUAAUUACUAUAGAAAUAAUAUGUUGUUAGUCAUUAAAUUAUUAUUACGUUUUA